AUGGGCUUCACAACCUCAGAGGCAUCUGCGCCGCCACACCUGCUAUCGGAGAAUGCGGAGAAGCACUGCGCUGCGGACAUCUACGCCCUGCAUCACCGUCUCGGUCGAUGUGUGAAGCAAGUAGCACUGCUCACGUCAUCCUCAGCUGGAGGCUCUUCUCCAUCCCAUCACAUAGGUGACCGUGCCAGUACAUCUUGCAUUCGGCGUCUCGGGGAGCUUCUUCGCGAAGCCAGACGGCUCGAGAAACGUGUUGCAGAGGCAUCGCUCACUAAGACUGGAAACGCGCAAGAGGCGGCGGAGCCAGCAGACGACGAUGUGGCUUCUCCCCUGCGGGCAUACUACCGUCAAGAGCUGCAGGCGCGUCUCACUCACCUUCAGCAGGAUGCUGACGCUGCACAGAGACUUCUGGCGCAGUAUCUCUCGCAAACCCCCACACUUGCGCACCUCCCUGUCAGUUGUGUGGGCACUGCCCCUCGUACGCUCGAGUGUGGCUUCACCGCCGUCGCUGCGACCUCCUUUAGCAGGAAGUGCCACAUCUACACGGAUGUUGUGCCGCCCCAUGUGGCGUGCAUUCCGCCGGUUGCAGUGCACUUCAUCGAGGGCGCCUCUCCCGCUGUAGCCGACGUGGAGAACUCGUCACUGGUGCGAGGGAGCGUAUCCCAGACGAAACAGGAGCCCGGUGCCAAGGAGAGAAGAGUCAGCGCUGCGGCGUCCUUUGCCGGGCAUCCGCUCGGCACGUCCGCUGCUAUCGGCGUCGCCAUCACCGCAGAGGACCGCAUCAUGGAGGACAUCCAGCAAGCCAUUCACCAGAUGAAAGACGGAGCUCUGCAGAUGAGUGCGCUGAUGGAGCAGGAGAAGUCGAAGAUGAAGUCCGCCGCCAACCUUUUGUCGGAUGGCAUUGCCACGGGUCAGACCAGCAUGCACGAACUCGAUCGCGUCUCCUAUGUGGCCGGGGCGGCGCAUGUUCCGUGGACGCUAAGAUUCGUGCCAGGCAUGCCCAUCCUGUGGCGCACGGUGCUACAGCCAAUGUGGGCCUUUCUCAAGCAAGUGUUUAUGAUGGCGUCCAUCAUCGCAGUGACGGGCUGCGUGUUACUGCUCAUUAGCGUUGUGCCAAAGCCGACGGUGUAUCGUGGACAGCGGAGCCGCACCCACGACAGUCGUGCAUCUCCUCCCCAAAGCACUGCCGCAUCGACGACUGUGCCAGUGACCACUGCCACACCACCUCUUCCAGAGGUGCAUGUCUCACCGCCGGCAUCUUACGGGGCUGAAGGGCCUCUGGAGGUGGAGUCCCCAGCCCCAGCAGAGACUGUGCAAGACGUUUCGAUGCCGCCGCCUCAGGGAGAGAGCCUUCCCGCUGAGUUUUGGGGUGACUUGUGA